AUGAAUCGCUUCGACAGCAUCCACUUUGCCGAUCUUACUGGACCGGGCGGCGGUCAAUGGGUCCGAAUCGGCGGCGGAAGCUUUGGUGUAGUCUACAAGGUGAGUCUGGUGGGGCGAAGCGCAGUCGAAGUCAAGGACUUACUCUCUAUUCUGUGUGUGCCGGUAGGGGGAGUACUUGGGGACAGAAGUGGCCAUCAAGGAAGUGCUUCCGAACAACACGUACGACGUUGAAAAGUACUUUGAGCGCGAAUGCGUCCUUAUGAAAGAAGCGCGGCACCCCAACAUCGUUCAGUACAUCGGCGUGUCGAAAAGUCCCGAUCCCGAUGGUAGAGUCUACAUCGUUUCCGAAUUUGUCGGCGGCAACAUGCGGUCCUACAUUGCCGACAAGCACAAAACCUUCGACUGGCCUUUGCGCAUGAGCUUUGCCACCGACGUUGCUCGCGCUGUGGCGUACUUGCACGCACGACAAUGCUUGCACCGAGACUUGAAAGGCGAGAAUCUGCUCAUCACAGCGAACAAUCGGGUCAAGGUGUGCGACUUUGGCUUCGCGCGCAUUGCGGCGAGGAACGAAGAAGAGAUGCGUAGGAUGAGCGUGAGUAAAGAAUAUCCUUUUGUGUCUGAUGGGCGAUCUCGUCUGAGCUUCUCCUGCCCCAUUGCCACCAGUUCUGCGGCACUGAUGGGUACAUGUCGCCCGAAAUUCUGAUGGGCGUCGAUUUCAGUCUGCCCACGGAUAUUUUUUCCCUCGGAGUCAUCUUCUGCGAGAUCGCAUCUCGUCACCUCGUGGAUGCGAAUACGUUCAAGCGACAGAUGCCCACUUUUGGCGUGGAGGAAUCAGAGAUUCGGGAAAUGGCUUCCAAGGGAUGCCCAGAGGCAUUCAUUAGACUCUGCAUCGACUGCGUGGCGGUCGAGCCGGAAGCGAGACCAGAAAUGCGCGACAUCGUGCGUCGCCUGCGCGAUAUUGAACAAGAUGUUCUGACGCGCGAGGCCAAAGCUGGUACUUUGCAAAGCGUUGGAAGUUUGCGAGGCUCUAGUCUCAAGGCUGUGCUAAACGCCGGCAGCAAGCGAAAAGGAGCAGGCGGUCGACCAGGCGGUCCGCCCAGACUCCCAAGCUUCAACGGGCAGGUCAAGGUUGGAGAGCCCUCCACCAUCAAGGAGGAGCCCAAUGGACAUGAUGGCGGAUCGUCGUCGGAAGGCGAGGACAGCGACGAGGACAUGGAAGAGGCACUCGCCGCACUGGAGCGCGUGGGUGUACACGAUCCCCUCGACAAUCAGCUCGGCGAGCUUGACACAGGCAGCACCUUCAAGGUGUCCGGCCACGGCAAUCCUUGGUGGAGCGACGAGCAGGGAAGCGCUUUGCCCAGUCUGCGCACCUCGUGGACGCAGAAAACGAUGGCAAAGGACAGUACUGUGAGAGCGUCGAGCGCCUCCAAUCCUUUUGCCAGCGGCGACACAGACACGACCUACAGCACGAGUGUGGUGCGCCCGUCGAAGAAUAAAGAUGCCCAUGCAGCUUUAUCAAACACGCUCUCCACCAUGACCGUGAAGCAAGAGGAUGUCACUCCAAGUGACUCGAAGCGCACUGCGGGAAGAGCAGAUCGAGUGGAGCCGUCAGACGCCUCCACCUUGCGCGGCGACACUGGCCACGACGCAAACGGCGCGGCAGCAGCCGAAGGGGAUGAUGAUGUGACGCAGUCCUUCAUGACCGCCAGAUCACAUCGUCAGGACCCUUCCAUUGCAAUGGCGACCAUCGCUUCCUCCACGCUCACCCGUCAACGCAGCCCUACGCAAGAUGGUCAGGAGCAUUAUCACGAUCCCCUUGUCUACCAUCGUUUCACGCUGGUCAAGAACGGAAUGAGGAAACCAACGCCGAUGGGGGCGGCUGCUGCCGCAGCUGCCUCUGGUCAAGUUGCUCCCACGGCAGGCAGCAUGAUCCCGCCUGGGCUGAUCCUGGCAAAUGCGCUCGCCAAGUGCUACGUCUGCGGAAGGCGCCUCGGAUUCGGCGCAUUUAUGGAUUGCGACGAUUGUCCCGUCAAGACACACGUCGCUUGCGCUCAACUUGCGGAGCCAUCUUGUCUCGAGAUGCAGAUUCCAGGCACUCCAGUGCUAAGCGCCGUCAAUGCUUCUCGACGCGCGUCGCGCCAGGCCUCUGGUGGCAGCAGCACUGUUGACCCACUUACUCGCCCAGCCUCCCCGGCUGCGACAGCCCUGGCUCGACAAGCUGCGUUGGGUGAACAGCAGCGCGCCGCUUCUCCACCGGCUGUGGCGGGCGCAAAGGGCUUGUUCAAGGGCAAGCGAGACAAGCGCUCGGGGAAAAGUCCUCCGCCCGCCCAGCCCGAUGUGACUGCCGUCAAGGCGUCGUAA